AUGGAUAUUUUAGCUUAUUUAAGCCCUUUCAAAGUUUUUCGUGAUUUCGUCAAGUAUCCUAUUGAAACGUUUGUAAGCGACCAAUAUACGGGAUAUAAGAAGAAAACAAACGAAAGUAUAACGAGUGUAAAAGAGCUUUUGUACAGAGCUGGUUUAGUUGCAGUGUUAUUGUCAGCGAUUUUGUGGAUCUCAAUAUUUUUAUAUGUUAUUUUCUAUUACACAUACAUGCCUAAUGUUACCCACGUGCGACCCGUACACUUGCAGUUCAAGUCAUGUGAUGAAAAUAUGGGCAUCUGCUCUUUCCCAUCAGCUCAUGUACAGUUAACUCGGCGAACACAAAUGUUGAUGUCACAGCAACCUUACAGAAUAAAGCUUAUUUUAGAAGUCCCUGAGUCUCAAAUUAAUAAAGAUUUAGGCAUGUUUAUGGUGUGUGCUCAGUUGCGUGCCACGGGAGGGGUUCUCGUCUCUUCAUCAUGUAGAUCUGCAAUGCUUAGACAUAGAUCGAAUUUGCAUCAUAUAAUAAGGACUUUAUUCUUUGCACCGUUAUUACUAUCAGGCAUAAAUGAAGAGAAACAAUUCAUACAAGUGGAGCUCUUCAGUGAUUUUGAAGAUGAUCAGGCUCUACCGGUAACAGACGCGUACGUAGAGUUACAAUCGCGGUUCGUACAGUUGUUCUCGUGCGAGCUACACAUCGAGGCGCACUUCACCGGCCUCCGCUACGCGAUGUACUACUGGCCCAAAACAUCCGCCCUCAUUGGUAUAUGUUCAAAUCUAUUCUUCGUCUCGCUCAUGUUCAUACUGAGCUGGUAUCACUUACAAGAUGGACUGCCAAAGUUUUUAAAGGAAAAAUUAGGCAUGGAUAUAAAGAGUGAAGAAGAAGAGGAUAACAAAGAGCUGGUUGGGAAAGUUAAAUUGGAACGAGAAGAUUCUUUCCCGUUCAUCGAAGAAGAAUCCCUUCUAGAAGAGUUCCAACGUCUAGAAAAGAAGAAAGAGACU